AUGCACCUGCCGGGCUGCGCCCCAGCCAUGGCCGACGGCAGCUUCUCGCUCGCCGGCCACCUGCUCCGCAGCCCCGGCGGGAGCACCUCGCGGCUGCACAGCAUCGAAGCCAUCCUGGGAUUUACCAAGGACGACGGGGUCCUCGGCUCCUUCCCGGAGGAGCGGGCCGCCCGGGGCACCAAGGAGCGAGAUAGGAGGCUGGGCGCGCGGCCCGCCGGCCCCAAGGCGCCUGCCGGAGGCGCCGAACCGUCCCCGCCGCCCGCCCCGGCGCCAGCCCCGGAGUACGAAGCCCCCCGCCCCUACUGCCCCAAGGAGACCGGGGAGGCUCGGCCGAGCCCUGGGCUGCCUGGAGGAGCGUCCGCCCCCGGCGACUCGAAGCUGUCGGAGGAGGAGCAGCCCAAGAAGAAGCACCGGCGGAACCGCACGACCUUCACCACGUACCAGCUGCAUGAGCUGGAGCGCGCCUUCGAGAAGUCGCACUACCCCGACGUGUACAGCCGCGAGGAGCUGGCGGGCAAGGUCAACUUACCCGAGGUCCGAGUCCAGGUGUGGUUCCAGAACCGACGCGCCAAGUGGCGGCGGCAGGAGAAGCUGGAGGUGUCGUCCAUGAAGCUCCAGGACUCGCCCCUGCUCUCCUUCAGCCGCUCCCCGCCCGCCGCGGCCCUGGCGCCCCUCGGAGCGGGCCCGGCGGGCGGCGGCGGCGGGCCGGGACCCUGCGCUGCCGCCGGGACUCGCCCGCGUCCACGACCCCGCGGCGCCCUACACCGGAGCGCCCCUCACCUGGCGCGACGGGCCCCUAAGAGCGUGCGGGUUUCUGGGUGCUUGGAGCCGAAGUCUCAGCUGCCUCCCGCAGCGGCCCCAGACGCCUCUCAGAUCACCAAGUGUCCAGGUCACCAACUCAGGGUCAGCCCCUGCUACUGGGGGUUGAUGGCAAUAGUGCUCCGGAGGCUGGAGCAGACCGACGUUCAUGAUCCAGAAAUACCUGGGGCCGCCGCGCAAGUUCACAACUAUGGAAAGCGGUUUGCGGAGGCGGCGGCCAAGGAAGGGCCCCAGCUUCCGAAACUGGACUCUCACGGCUGUGAUUUGGAGGACGGGCACCCGCCUUUCUGCUUGGCCCUUGCUUCUUCCACAAUGANCCGGGGGAGCGGAGGCCGCAGGUUCCUUGCGCUCCGCGAGGACCGCGGCUGA